CUCCUCGGCCUCCCAAAAUGCUGGGUUUACAGGUGUGAGCCACUGCACCUGGCCAACACUCGGGGAUUAUCAUCCAAGUUCUCCUCUGAACUCACUGCUUUCUUCUGUCAUAUCAAAUGUAUUUCUUGUGCUUUAUUAUUUAAAUUGUAGGCCGUUUGAGUAGAAUUCUGUAUACAGUUGCAUUUUGGAAAACAGAAAAGCAAGCUAGGACUUUUUCGGAAGCACCUUCAGAAGUCUCCCUUGCUGCUGCCUGUUCCUGAGUUUUAGCAAUGUAGAAUCACACCUGCCACCCGGAGCCCUCUGUCAACACUCCAGAUAUUGCCUGGAAACUGCUGACUGUACCGGUUGCAGUUGGCAACCAUCAGACUUGGGAGGACCUUGAGUCAGGUGGCAUUGUGAUGUUGGUUGCAGGAGUCUAUUAUUUUGAAGUGGCAGCUGCAGGUAAUCAGAGAGGAGCCACCGGGGCAAGUGGCUUUGUCAUGUGGGGCGGCUGGGGAGCCAGCUGGGCAGGUUCAGUAGGUGAUUUCUUUUGGGAGGGUGUGGCCCCUGCACCUGCCAGGUGUGGGCUCCAGCGGGGAGGGCUGGAAAUCCCAUCAGUGCCACAAUGAGUGGGGCAAGCAGGUCCCCCCAGGAAAGCAGGUCACAAAACAUAUCAAGGACCCAAGGUAAUACGAUGGGCCCUUAAGGAAAAGUAAAAAGAAAACUCAAACUGGGGAGCAAAUGUGCAGGGCAGAGAUGAAUAUGCCUCCCACAGGGUCCCUCACACUGAGAUAGUAAGUGGACAUCAAGGUGGGGCAGGAGGGGCCGUGUAGUUUUGGUGCUGGAAUGAUAGAGGUGAGCCCUGGGUCUGGGUGUGUCUGGCUCAGAAGCUGUUUUGGAUUUUCUCAGCAUUCUUCUUUCUUCCUGGGCCCUGCCCUUCCUCAGAUGGGGAAUGCAGCCUCACCUGCCAUAGCCCUUUGCCUGCUUCCAUGGUGAGCGCAAUCAACAAAGCCCCAGCAACUCGGCAGGGACGCCAAUCACAGGGAGGCAAGUCCAACUCCCUGCAGAGCCAGGCCACCCCCAUCCUGGCCUUCAGGGAUUGGAGCAGAAGGCGGAAGUGCAUGCGUUUCUUAGACUGCCUCUUCUGCCGUGUGCCUGUAUGCCCGCCCAAGGAGCUCACAGGGCAAAAGAGGGCUGGGCUUGGCAGAAGCCCCACUUCCUUUUGGCCCAUGGGUGCUUCUGUGGGAGAUGGGGACAAGAGCUCGCAAUCAGCAACCAGUGGUGAUCAGCAACCUGUGGGCCCUAGGCCACUCAGACGACAGGGAGGCCCACUCUUCUCCUUGCUGCUAGCUUCCAGGAGGAUGAGAGAGCCGGAGGCUCACAGCACGCUCAGGAGGAUGGCUGCCUUUUACCAGUGCAUCAGGCCUGACCCCAGGGAGCUCGACAUGAUUUCCACAAGGGUGAUGGACAUUAAACUUCGGGAGGCUGCAGAAGGCCUUGGGGAGGACAGUACAGGAAAGAAAAAAUCUAAAUUCAAAACUUUUAAGAAGUUUUUUGGGAAGAAGAAGAGAAAAGAAUCGCCGUCGUCCACAGGAAGUAGCACCUGGAAACAAAGUCAGACAAGGAAUGAGGUCAUUGCCAUCGAGUCCGGACCAGUGGGCUACGACUCCGAGGAUGAGCUGGAGGAGUCAAGGGGCACGAUGGGCAGCCGGGCCCUCUCUCACGACAGUAUUUUCAUUCCUGAGUCCGGACAGGACCCCACUCGGCCUGUGCGGGUGUUUUCCCAAGAGAAUGUGUGUGAUCGGAUUAAAGCUCUGCAGUUAAAAAUACAGUGUAAUGUGAAAAUGGGACCACCACCUCCUCCAGGGGGACUUCCUGCCAAGCGGGGAGAAGACGCCGGCAUGAGCUCUGAGGACGACGGGCUGCCCAGGAGCCCCCCAGAGAUGUCUCUGCUGCACGACGUGGGUCCUGGCACAACUAUAAAGGUCUCUGUCGUGUCUCCAGACCACGUGAGCAACAGCACUGUCUCCGCCCGGACCUCGGACAGCAGCCUGGCACCAGUGGCUGACUUCAGUUACCCUCCAGAAUCCUCCUCCUGCCUGGACAACUCUGCAGCUAAGCACAAGCUCCAGGUCAAGCCCCGCAACCAGCGGUCGAGUAAAAUGAGGCGGCUCUCAUCGCGUGCUCAGUCUGAAUCCCUGAGCGACCUGACGUACACUCCCGAGGAGGAGGAAAACGAGGAGAAGCCACUGCUGGAAGUCAGCCCAGAAGAGAGCCCCAGCUCUGGGCAGCAGGACGUGGCACGGGACAGAGGCCCUGAGCCUGGGCCACCAGCGCCCUUGCUGCCAAACGGAGGGACCCGUGCCAGACGCGCCCGCCUGCAGCACUGCCAGGCGCUCAGGGCCAGCGUGGAGGAGGAGGGCACCCUUGGGGAGGACCCCUCAAGUCGCCUGGCCACCCCGGAACUCGCCGAGCUCCAGUCGACCCCCGCUCUCCGCGUGGAGCCCCCGUCCCCGCCAGCGGACCCCCAGCACCUCGGUCCCGACGGCGGAAAGCAGGAGGAGGGGGCAGCCCCCGCAGGCCCGUGUGCCCCGGCCACAGACACCGCAGAGGAGGUGGUCUGUGCUCCGGAAGACGUCCGGAGCCCCUCUCCCACCGCCAUCCCCAAGGGUGAUCCGACGCCGCCCGAGACUGUCUCCGCCGCCGCCUCGGAGGCGCACUCUGCUCCCGACGACCAGCCAGACCACAGUGUCCUGCAGGAAGCGGAGCCGACGCCCCCAGUGCUCCCGGACGAGGAGAAGGGGCCCCCAGGGCCGGUGCCCGAGCCCGAGAGAGCAGGGACUAAGCACGAGAGAGCGGGGACCGAGCCCGAGAGAGCGGGGACCGAGCCCGAGAGAGCGGGGACCGAACUCGCCAGAGCAGGGAUCGAACCCGAGAGAGCUGGGAACGAGCAGGAGAGAGCGGGGAACGAGCCCGAGAGAGCGGGGAGCGAGCCCGAGAGAGCGGGGAACGAGCCGGAGAGAGCGGGGAACCAGCCCGAGAGAAUGGGGACCGAACCCGAGAGAGCGGGGACCGAGCCCGAGAGAGCGGGGACCGAGCCCGAGAGAGCGGGGACCGAACCCGAGAGAGCGGGGGCCGGGCCCGAGACAGCGGGGACCGAGCCCGAGACAGCGGGGACCGAGCCCGAGAGAGAGGGGGCCGAGCCCGAGAGAGCGGGGACCGAACCCGAGAGAGCGGGGACCGAACCCGAGACAGCGGGGAACAAGCCUGCGAGAGCGGGGAACGGGCCGGAGAGAGUGGAGACCGAGCCCGAGAGAGCGGGGAACGAGCCCAGGAGACUGGGGAACGGGCCCUCCGCGGCGCCCGCCCAGAGCCCCCCAGUGCCCAAGAGCUGCCUGAAGCACCGGCCCGCGGCGGCCAUCGAGGGCCCUGCCGCAUCCCCGCCGCCUGCCGCCACGAAGUCGCCCCCGGGAGAGCCCGGUCCCUGUUCCCCCGACGCGGAGGCCGCCGCCCCGGAGCGCCCCAAGGCCGAGCGGGCAGAGGCUCCACCUGCGGGCGCCGAGAGGGCGGCGCCGGAGCGGAAAGCGGAGAGGGGCGGCGCCGAGCUGCGGGGUGCGAAGAAGUUCUCGGUGUCCUCGUGCCGAGCGCGGCCUCGUCCGGGCGCCUCCCGCCCGUUGGAACGCGCCGGCGGCCGCCUGCCCCUCUCCAGCAGCCGCCCGGCCUGGAGGAGCGAGGCGGCCCUCGACGACCUCCAGGGGCUCCCCGAGCCCCAGCACGCGAAAGCCGGCCCUCGGAAGCCGGCGGAGUGCGGCCCUCAGGACUCGGGCGACAGAGCGGCCACCCCGGCCGGGCCUCGCAGGAGCCCCCAGGAGGCGGCCGCCUCGCCCGGGACGAGAGAGCCCUGCCCAGCGGCCAAGGAGCCGGCUCCGAGCGAGGACAGAAACCCCUUCCCCGUCAAGCUUCGGUCCACCUCCCUCUCGCUCAAAUACAGGGAUGGCGCCUCCCAGGAGGCGAAGGGUGUGAAGAGGUAUGGUGCCGAGGUCCGGUUAGAAAGGUCGCUCACCGUGCUCCCGAAGGAGGAGAAGUGUCCUCUCGGGACGGCCCCGGCUCUUCGAGGCGCCAGGGCCCCCAGCGACCAAGGAAAGGGGAAGGCCCGGCCCCCCGAGCCGCUCAGCUCCAAGCCGCCCCUGCCCCGGAAGCCGCUUCUGCAGAGCUUCACGCUCCCGCCGGCGCCCGCGCCCCCCGACACCAGCCCAGGAGAGCGGGACCCCAGAAAGGAGCCCAGGACGGCGGAGAAAAGGCCGCUGCGCAGGGGAGCUGAAAAGAAUCUGCUGCCUGCAGCAACAGGGCCUGGAGCCGAUGGGCAGCCCGCACCGCCCUGGAUCACCGUCACUAGGCAGAAGCGGCGAGGAGCCUUGGACCAGCCAACCAACCAGGAAGACAAGCCUGGGGCACGGACCGCGAAGUCUGAACUGGGAAAGCAAGUCAAGGUGCACGAGAGAGCCCAGGAGCCUGUGAAGCAAGCUGACUUUGUACGCAGCAAGUCUUUCCUGAUAACCCCUGUGAAGCCCGCUGUGGACCGGAAGCAGGGGGCAAAGCUCAACCUCAAGGAGGGGCUGCAAAGAGGAAUCUCAUUGUCCCAUCAGAACUUGGCAGCUCAGUCUGCAGUGAUGACGGAGAAGGAAUUGCAUCAGCUGAAGAGAGCCAGUUAUGCCAGUACAGAUCAGCCAUCCUGGAUGGAACUUGCCAGAAAGAAAUCUCAAGCUUGGAGCGACAUGCCCCAGAUUAUAAAAUAGGUGGGCAGUGUGCUGACAAAGCAUGUCCACUACCCUGACAAGCCACUUAGUUAAAAACUGCCAGUAUAUCAUGGCAAACAAACUGUGAAACUUAAAGAUUGAUUUUAUCAUCAAGUUAUGACGAGUUCGGGGAAGAGGAAGGAACCAGGCAAAACAAAGAGGAUAAACACACAGCCAUACUCCUGGGCCAGAGGGCCCAGAAACAAGAGCAACGCUGAAAAAGUCCAGAAACCAGUUCUGUGCCCAAAGGUACUAAUGUGUCUUUUAGAAUUCCCUUGAUAAAGAAGCCUCAGACAAGGAAGAAAAUGAAAAUGAAAUUGGACACAUAAAUAGGACACCCUGCAAAGGCCAGAAGAGAAGCCCUUCUAGAAGGGACGGCUGUGCUUCCAGCUGAGAUCAGCCCUUGUCUCUGGUCACUGUCUUGCCUGUGGAUCCUGUCUUCUUUCCUGUUUUCUUCGAGGCAUGACAUUCAUGGUAAAACAGGGAUGCCGUUUCCAAGAGCAGCUAUAAAACAAUCUGUUUUCCUAAAGGCAGCCACUCUGAGAAGGAGAUGAAGGAACAUGGCAGGGUUCAUCAAUUCACAGACUGUUUCCAGAAUAAUUUUUAAACUUUUCCACUAGGCAUCUGUGUCUUUAACCACUGCACAAUGCAUUGCCUGUUUAAUAAAAGGUUUCAAACAUG